AUGGUUCUCUGAAGACCUGCAGCGAGCCCGCGGUGGCUCAGAGAAUAUACCCCCAGAGCUCUAGAGUGGUUUUGAACACAGCUUCUGAGAUCAGACCGCCUGAGUUGGAAUCUUGGCUCUAUAAUUUAACAACUAUUUAACCUUGGAUUCUUUGGAUUUUUUUUUUUUUUUAACAGAGUCAUCCUUACUUCCCCUCAAGAUGACAAACAGUUCUAUCUUCUGCCCAGUUUACAGAGAUCUGGAGCCAUUCACAUAUUUUUUUUAUUUAGUGUUUCUUGUUGGAAUUAUUGGAAGUGGUUUUGCAACCUGGGCUUUUAUACAGAAUAACACAAAUCACAGGUGUGUAAGCAUAUACUUAAUUAAUUUGCUUACGGCUGAUUUCCUGCUGACUCUGGCAUUACCAGUAAAAAUCGUUGUCGACUUGGGUGUGGCACCCUGGAAGCUGAAGAUUUUCCACUGCCAAGUGACAGCCUGCCUCAUCUACAUUAAUAUGUACUUAUCAAUUAUCUUCUUAGCAUUUGUCAGCAUUGAUCACUGUCUUCAGUUGACAUACAGCUCCAAGAUUUAUCGGAUCCAAGAACCUGGAUUUGCCAAAAUGAUAUCGACCGUGGUGUGGCUAAUGGUUCUUCUUAUAACAGUGCCCAACAUGAUGAUUCCCAUCAGAGACAUCGAGGAGAAGCCAAGUGUGGGAUGCAUGGAAUUCAAAAGGGAUUUUGGCAGAAACUGGCAUUUGCUGACAAAUUUCAUAUGUGUGGCAAUAUUUUUAAAUUUCUCAGCCAUCAUUUUAAUAUCUAACUGCCUUGUAAUUCGACAACUCUACAGAAACAAAGAUAAUGAAAAUUAUCCAUAUGUGAAAAAAGCCCUCAUCAACAUCCUUUUAGUGACUACAGGCUACAUCGUAUGUUUUGUUCCGUAUCACAUUGUCCGAAUCCCAUACACCCUGAGCCAGACAGAGGUAAUAUCUGAUUGCCCAACCAGGAUUUCACUAUUCAAAGCCAAAGAGGCCACACUGCUCCUUGCUGUGUCAAACCUGUGUUUUGAUCCUAUCUUGUACUAUCACCUCUCAAAAGCAUUCCGCUUAACAGUUACCAAGACUUUUGUUUCACAUAAGGAGACCAAGGCUCCAAAAGAAAAAUCAAAUGGUGAAAACAGUGCAUAAAAUACGGGAUUUCUCAUGCUAUCACUUCCUGCCU